AAUCAAUUCCCUUACGAGAUACGAUUUAUUCUUUAUUUUAUUGAUUGGUUUCUUUCUGAUCUCAAUCAAUAAUAGCAUUUUGCAGCAAUGGCGUUUGAUCAAAAUUCUGUUCCAAAGGAUCUGCGCCCAUUGAACGUAACUCCGGCGAUGGCUGAGGAGCCUCUCAUUUCGCCGGCAACCACCACGCCUCCCUCCCCCAACGACCCUUUCUACCUGCCGUCCGCUUCCGAUGGGUUUGUAUAUGGGAACAUGGGUUCCAGUCUUGCAGCAACCUGGUGCGUUUGCCCUGGUCCUAUUGGGUUUAACUAUGGUUCUAGUUUUGGUAACAGGGUUGCGACUGGGAAUGCUUUGGAUUCGGGCAAUUGGGUAGGGGCUAAUAAUGGCUUGGAUAAGGUUACUGUGAAUGGUUAUGCUUAUGGUGGUGCUUUUCGGGGCAAUAGAGUCGUUGGCAAUGUCAGUGAUCCCACUCCUAGCCCUAGCCACCGGGGUGAUGAUGCUGGGGGUGAUUCGGUUUCGGGGAAAAGAGUGAAGUUUUUGUGCAGUUUUGGUGGGAAGAUUUUGCCUAGGCCUAGUGAUGGAAUGUUGAGAUAUGUUGGAGGGCAGACUAGGAUCAUUAGUGUUGGGAAAGAUGUGAGCUUCAAUGAUUUGGUGCAGAAGAUGGUUAAUGCUUGUGGUCAACCUGUGGUUAUCAAGUAUCAACUCCCUGAGGAGGAUCUUGAUUCAUUGGUGUCCGUUUCCUGCCCUGAUGAUGUUGAAAAUAUGAUGGAGGAGUAUGAAAAAUUAAUUGAGAGAUCCCCUGAUGGUUCUGCUAAAUUGAGGGUUUUUCUGUUUUCUGCUUCAGAGCUUGAACUUUCUGGUGGGGGACAGUCUGGGGACUCGAAAGAUAGUGGGCAGAAAUAUUUUGAUGCUGUGAAUGGAAUCGCAGAUGGGAAUGGGAUUAUUGGUGGAAUCACUAAAAAGGAGAGUAUUGCAAGUGCAGCUUCAACCCAGAAUUCAGAUUUGAGUGGGACAGAGACUCUUGAUAGCUUAAUUGCCGGUCAAGGGGAUGUCAGUGGGAUGCCCGUGUCCUGUGUGUUAUCACCCAAGGAGACUGUGGCAGCUUCUCCUGACACAACUGCAAAUUUGGUGGCUUUGGAGCCCAGUGCAGCAGUAUACUCAGGUGCUUCUGCUGUUUCAGUGGGCACGCCUGUGGCUAAUAGUCCAACUUACACUGCAUAUUUCCAGAAUGAGGUUGAGUUAGAAAAGUCUGUACCUAUUACUUUAUCCCAGCAGCCAUUUGGAUUGCAGCAAUCUGGAAUAGAAAUUCAGUCACCUUCACCUUACUUGCAGCCUUUUGUUGAUCCGCGCCAGGAGGUUAUGAACCAUGUAGAUUAUGUCCAUCUGCCUCCCCAGAUGGGGUUCCCAAAUCCUCAGCUUCUAGGGAAGACUGGGCCUGUCUUCACCCAACAGCAGUUUCAUGAUAAUACUCCCGGUUUAGCAUUCCAUCAGGUCAUCCCUGGAGUACAAAUGACAACGACUCAACCAUCUUCUUACGUUGGUGUAAGACCGAAUGUCAUUCAACCACAACCAUUGAUGCAACCACAGCAAAAUCGUUUGGAUCAAUACAAUAAUGAAAACACAUCAGGGAUAAGGAUUAUCCAGCUUCCUGCUGAACGCAGUUACAACUCAUACCAGGUUCCUGUGAGUCAAGUCCCAUCUGUCAUAGUUGGAGGUAAUUAUGGCUGGGUUCAGGUUCCUCCACAAGAGCAUGUUGUUUUCUCUGAUGGGUUAUUGCCUAAACAACAAGUAAUGAUCCCUGAGAAAAUCCAAAGAACUGAGGACUGUUCUAUGUGUCAGACAAAACUACCUCAUGCACACUCAGAUCCAGUGGUGCCGGAUCAGCAUAGUAGUGGUGAAGGUCCAAUUCCUGAUUCAACCCCAACUUACCAUAGUUUCCCAAUGGAGGACAAUUCAAAAGCUCAAGCAACAAAUAGGGUUAUGGUGACUGCUGCACCCUUGAAGGAAGGUGUUGUUGAACAAGGUGCUGGGACCAGACCCAGGGUCGUUAGCAAAUUAGAACCUCCUGACGAAGUACCUUUUACUGAUACAAUUGGGCUUUCUCAUAAUCGUGAGCGACAGCCUGAAGGUGGGAGGAUUUUUAUACAAAAACCAGACGGGUUUGGCCAUCCCAGGGAUUCAUAUAUCCAGCAAAUGAUUGGAAGGGCAGGUGGAAAACAGUCUUCAAGUGAUGAUCUCAUGGGAACAGCACCACUGUCUUAUCUAGAUGAUGUUGUCCACCAGCAGCAUAUGGUGUCAGUUGAAAACUGGGUUAAACAGGAUGUGCUUGUGCAUAAACCUGUGAAUAAUGAUAUACGUAUAGUUGAAAGAAUAGAUAAACAAACUUCGGAGUGUGUGAUUCAAGGAUCUCCAAAAGAGCAUACUAAUGAGCUUACUGGUGUUGUUUCAAAAUCAGAUGCAGUAGUUAACUGGAUUAGUCAGGACCAUCUAAAAACUAUUGAUGGAAGAAUGGACAUCCUCAAGAUACGCAAUCCUGAAGGUAAUGUAAGUAAUGAUCACUAUUUGCUGCCAGUUGAUAAACCUAGUGGGAAUGAUAAAAUAGAUUACAACACUCAGCAAGCUGUAGAGGAAGAGGUGAUUCUGGAUAAAAACUUUGGCAGGCCAAAAUUGUUAGUUGAUACAAAUCAAAUUAAGAUGACAGGUGUGACGCCUUGUUCUUCUAUGGAGAUUUCAUAUGGUCACAAUGCCUGGCCGCGGGAAUACAACGAGGUUGCACAACCCUCUGUUUGGGGCAUUCCUGGUUCAAAUCCUCAAUCAAAGAGUGGAAACUCCCGCAAGGAUGAUGCUGCAUCAUCUUCAAUAUCACCAUCUGCCAGGUUUGGAGAUAUGCAGGAUUCUCCAAACUCACUCUUCAGCAAUCAGGAUCCCUGGAAUAUACAGCAUGAAACAUUCUUUCCACCUGCUAGAGCUAGCAAUGCUGCAUCGAAGAAAGAUACCUGUUCUUAUAAGGAUCACUUUGGUGAGAAUCCAGGCAACUGUGGGGAACAAAAUUUAGAAGCACAAUUGGAUGAUGAUGGCCUUUGCGGGUCAUUCAGACAGAAUUUAACUUUAGAACAUGCUCAGUUUGCCAAAGGCUCAGCAGAAGACCAACAACUUCAAGCUGUUGCUGAAGAUGUAGCCGCUUCUGUUUUGCACCCAAAUCCUGAUUUGCAUGCCAGAGGUGUUUCCUGUCGUGAAAACAUUGAGGAUGGGGAUGUUCAAAAUAAUCUAUUAAAUGUAAAGUGUAGAGAUAAAACUCAGGAUGUCAAGAGUAAGCCACCAGAAAAGGCAAAUUUUGGCUUUCCACCAUCGAAUGUUGGAGGAUUGCAGGUUAUAAAGAACUGUGAUCUUGAAGAGCUGACUGAAUUGGGUUCGGGUACCUUUGGGACUGUAUAUCAUGGAAAGUGGAGGGGCACUGAUGUUGCAAUCAAGCGGAUUACUGAUAGGUGUUUUGCUGGAAAGCCUUCAGAGCAAGAGCGCAUGAGAGAUGACUUCUGGAAUGAGGCAAUCAAGCUCGCUGAUUUGCACCAUCCAAAUGUGGUAGCUUUCUAUGGUGUUGUGCUUGAUGGCCCAGGAGGUUCUGUGGCAACAGUAACUGAGUAUAUGGUUAAUGGUUCUUUAAGAAAUGCCUUGCAGGAGUGUGCAAGGAAUCUUGAUAAGCGCAAGCGUCUUUUGAUUGCAAUGGAUGUGGCCUUUGGUAUGGAGUACCUGCAUGGAAAAAACAUAGUACAUUUUGAUUUGAAAAGUGACAAUUUGCUUGUGAAUCUCCGAGAUCCACACCGCCCAAUAUGCAAGGUUGGUGACUUGGGUCUAUCCAAAGUAAAACGUCAGACACUGAUCUCUGGCGGUGUGAGAGGAACUCUACCGUGGAUGGCUCCAGAACUGCUGAACGGAAGCAGUAGCCUUGUUUCAGAGAAGGUUGAUGUGUUUUCGUUUGGUAUUGUGAUGUGGGAACUCUUCACUGGAGAAGAGCCAUACGCUGAUUUGCACUAUGGUGCUAUUAUAGGUGGAAUUGUGAGCAACACUUUGCGCCCGCCGGUUCCUGAAUCUUGUGACCCAGAAUGGAGAUUGCUGAUGGAGAGGUGCUGGUCCUCUGAGCCAUCAGAGAGACCUAGCUUCACUGAGAUUGCCAAUGAAUUACGUUCUAUUGCAACCAAGAUAUCUUCCAAAGGACAGCAAAAUCAGCAGCUGCAACACUAUUCCUUGCAGACUCAACUCCAUAAAUAAUUUCCCACCACUGCAGGAUGCUUAAACCCAUAUUUCUCUCCACUCUGUUUUUCAUUCAAUUGAAUGACCAAUGCAUUAUGCAAUAUAUAUUAUAGGGAAGGGAAGGUUUGUUUGUUCAGAAAGAUAGUAAUCUAAGGUUGUUAUGGAGUGUCGGGCCUUUUUUUGCUUUACUGCAUAUUCUUCUAUUCCAUCCAACCCUCAAUGAACAAUAUGAAAUGUGUCAUUUCUGAGUGGCAAAACGGGGGGCUAUUUUCCCCAUAUUUUGA